AUGGCAACGGCGUCGGUGGUCGAUCGCGCCGUCCCCGGUGCAGGGCCGCUCGGCGACGUGCUCUCGACGGUCUUGCAGCUCUGCGGCGAGAUGAAGGAGGCCAAGUGCGCGUGUACCAGUCUCCACGGUCGACUGAAGGGCGUCUUGGACGAGCUGCAGACGAUGGAGGAGAGCGGACAAGUCCCACAGAAGGAGUCGAUCGACAAGUUGGUGCGGAUUGUAACGAAUUUCCUGCGCCUUCUGGAGCGACGUCGAGAGACAUCGCUCGUGUUCCGCCUGGUGGAGUCCGACACGAUAGUGGAGGAGCUACAGCAUGUUAGCGACGACAUCGCGGAGCUCUUCGAGGAGUUGGGGGUCGUCACGGUCAACUGGGACGAGCAAUGGGAUCACGACACCAAGAUACACAAAGACGUGCUCGUUGCUUCAGCGAAGAACUGCUCUACUGUACUUCGCGAUCUCCCGGACCCACGAGCUCACGUGGAAGCGGCGCUAGUUCUCAAAUUCGCGAUGCAGCAGCAAGCAGCGGAGGAGGAGGAGGAGAUCAUGGAGGGCAUGAAGUCAAUGCUGGCGAAUAUUGCUGCGUAUUCGAAGGCAAACGUGAAUGAGCUGCCACCGUGGUUCAUCCCGCCAUACGCAGUGCAGCUCGACUCACGCCAUUCGCACGCGGAUCGUUUGGGUCUGUUCAUCGAGGAGUGUGGGGACGUGGACCGAACGUGGUGGUCAAGCGCCUCUUUUCUCAGCCACCCGAAUGUCAUCAAGAUGCUCGGUGGAUCACACGUCAGCUCGCCGCCGUUCGUUGUGAGUGAGAAUGCAACCGCAGGAAAUCUCGGGGCGUUCCUCGUUCGCGAUGAGGAUAACAAACGGUGCUUGUGGCGACUGCUGUAUCAGGCUGGUCUUGGCUUGGAGUACCUUCACCACAAAGGCAUCGUGCAUGGAAAUCUGAAGCUGAACAACAUUCUCGUCGGAGUGGAUGGCGUCGCAAAGCUGUCAGACUACGGUUUUGCGUCCGACAUUUACUCGUUCGCCAUGUGCAUGAUCGAGGCUUUCAUCGGUGAACCCCCAUUUGUAUUCCUCAGCGACGAUGAUGUCCGUGAUAAUGUGAGGAAAGGAAUUAUUCCACAUCGGCCGGAUGGGAUGGCGACUGACGUGUGGGAGCUGGUGAAGUCGAUGACGAGCUUCGACCCGAGCCGACGUCCGCCACUUCAGCACGUGCUGGAAAAAUUGAAAGAGUUUGCUGGUGAUGCAACAGUAGAUCCUGGGGAACGGAGUGAUGAUCCAGUGGUUUUAGAUGUAUGCUCUACCGAAAGUGCAGAAUCCACACCACGUCAGGCAAACCCGCCAGACGCUAGUCCAGAUUUCGAGUUGCAAGAGUUCAACGAAGUGUCUGAAUUGCAGGACGACGACGUAUACGAUGUAUCCGAACCGGAAGACUCCAAGCCUGUGUUGACAAGCGACAGCUCGGUUCCUGAGCUUUUAGCCGCGAUCCAAACUGGUGGCGCUGCUAGAUGCGAGCAAGCGUUGCUCCUCCUCCUAGAAGUGUGCAUUGACGACCAGCCACGGGAGCUGCUGUGUGAGGAGAAUGGGACUUCGGUUUUGGUGGAUGCGGCCAAACGUUGCCACUCGUACUUCGGUCAGCUCUCCGCGCUCAAGUGUUUAAGUUGGAUCUCAAGCUUUGAUUCCAGAUUCCCGCGUCGCGAGUACGACGAGCUGCGAAAAGCUGUUCGCAAUGUUACAACACAAGAGCUUAUCUCUGUUACGAGUGCUCUCACUGACGGCAAUAAUGAAGACAAACUCAAGGCGCUGAUGUGUUGCGCAUGUGUGGCCACGGCAAUCGAUAGCGACGAGCUGGAUGACUUUGGAGUGGUAGCGCUUAUCAUUCCGCUGCUUAGAGAUGCCGAUGCUGCCAUCACAGCUUGGGCAGCGGAUACUCUCGGAAAUCUUGCGGUGAGGGGCGUGUUUGCGGACGAAAGUAUCGUGGCAACGUUGGUGAAGCUCUUGGAGACCGGAUCGGCGGCCCAAAAAUCAUCCGCUGCGUUUGCUUUGGGUCAACUCAGUAGCGUCAAUGCCUUCAACUGUGAAUCGAUCACGAAUGGCGGGGCGAUUUCAUCUCUGGGACAACUCUUGCAAACUGGUAACGACACGCAAAAAGCUCUGGCGGCGUUUGCUCUAGGCUCCCUUGCUACCUGUGAAGUCGGUCGCACAAAUAUUGUGAACGCCGGGUUAUUACCUCGCUUAGUCGAGUUUGCUUCCACGGGAACGGAUGCACAGAAGGAGUACUCGGCAUUCGCCUUGGGUUGGCUAGCCCACACCGAUACAAUUUGCGUGUUGAUCAUAAGCAGUGGGGCCAUCUCGGCUUUGGUGAGGCUCGUGCGAUCCGGAACGGAGGAGCAGAAGACGCAAGCAACGUUGUCCUUGGCAAAUCUUGCCAUCGACUGCACUGACAGCACCGCGGCAAUAUUCGUGAACAAAGGGGUCGUUCCAGCACUCAUGUUGCUACUGCAGCGUGGGUCCGACGAUCAAAAGGAGAACGCCGUUCGUGCGUUGGCGAACUUGGCGGUGAACAACGCACGAAGCUGCGCUGCAAUUACGAAUGAAGGGGCCAUACCGUCGCUGGUGAAGCUGCUUGGAACAGGGACUGGCGCCCAAAAGGGGCUGGCAGCGUUGGCUUUGGGACCCUUGGGUGCGACCAACAAGGACAACAGCACGCUCCUACGUGAGGCCGGAGUGUUCGGGCUCCUGGCCGACCUACUUCGAACCGAGGAGGUCGAGCAGGAGCAACACGCGGUAACUGCGCUGGAGCACUUGACUGCUCACAACAAAGACAACUUGAAGGCAGUCGCGCGCGAAGACGUCGUACCUCCGCUGGUCGCACUUUUGCGUGAUGGUUCGGACGCUCAGAAGGAGCUGGGGGCGGUCAUUCUUGGCCGACUUGCAGGAACGCAGGCCAGUCGAGAGAAAGUUGCUGCUGCAGACGAAGCCACUCCGCUGCUCGUGGGUCUCGUGCGGUCUGGGACAGCAGCGCAAAAGGAAGAAGCUGCUCUCGUGCUGGGCCGACUCGCCAAAGAAGACGCGAGCAAGGCGGUGAUCACGAACUUGGGAGUGAUCGGAUUGCUGCAGGAGCUCCAGCGGGCUGGAACUACCGGCCAAAAGCGGAAAGCUCGAGUCGCCUUGAAAGCAUUUUCCGAAGAUGAGGCAUGUAGCGGGGGCUCGAAGCGAAGACGCAGUGGCACGCCCGAUGAGUAG